AUGGACGAGCACCUGUUGAACUGUGUAUUCCGCUUCAAAUACAAGCCCCCGAGCAAUGAUCAAGAGGCUGCAACAUGCAGCGCGCUCGCCACGUACUUUGCUGCAUUUGUGGCGGCAUUGCAACCGACAGCUGCCUGUGAACUCCCGUGCAAACGCGUCGAACCUCUGGCCGACGAUCGUGUGGUCGCAGCGUCUGCCUUUGCAGCCCAUGAGGUGCAAAUGUUGCAGCAAGUGGGCCAAUGCCUCGUGCGAGCGUCAUCACGAGGAGACGCGAGAUGUGGGCGAGGCGAGGUGUGGUAUGAUCCGUGGCUGCCUAAGUACGGAUGUGCGCUCCAGCGCACGCAAUUGAAUGCAACAACGGUCCGGAUCGAAGUGGUGUUUGUCGACGGAUGGGAACAGACGCUGCACUUUGUACCAUCUGGCGAGUGUAUCUACAGUGCCGUUGCUACGACGCACCACGUUGUGCACUGUGCAGACCUGGACAUGGACGUGGCAGCAAAGUUCUCGACGGCUUUUGGAUCGGAGCUGCAAACUGCGCAAAUGAGCAAGGGGUCGGGUAGGAGUGCAGCAAGUAACGAACUGGGUCACCAGAAGACACCACAGUUCAUUGCUGCCGUCGUGAGACGAGCCGUAACGCAGUUGACGAAACAGACUGAUGGGGUCGGUACUACUCCACGAGGGGGCACCACAGACGUGGGCCUGCAUACUGGAGGCCGAGCGCGCGAUACGUGCUGGGCGAUUGUUCAAGCUGCGAUUAAACGCAACCUCUGCUGCGGACCAGGUUUGUUUCGAAAAGUAAUGAUUGCAAUGAAGCUGAAGCUGCUUCACGCUGCAGUGACCGAUGCGAAGACUUCUUUUAGCUGCAUCAGCGUGAAAGAUGGAUGCGCCGUGGUAGACGAUCUAUUUUACAUGCUGCGAGUCAUUGUCGUAAGCACGGCCGAGCUUGUGAAGGUCGGCUACAAGGUCUCGUUGCUCGAGAAACAAUGCGCUGGUCUCCGAUGUAGCAUUGAUGAAUUUGUUGAUGAUGUGAACUGCCGUACUGCAACGAAGUACGCAUUGCCGGGCUGUAAACAGCUACAGAAGCUGAAUAAGUUGAGGUGCGUGAUGAAGAUGACUUCGCCGCAACGAAGCAACGACGGCAAAAGCGGUGAGAGCAACGAUGAACGUCACCGACGCGCAUGGGGCAAUUUACAGGGGUGCUAUCUAUUGCAGGGGUCAUCGUGUAGUUUGGAUGAACUGCUACAGUGGGAUGAAGCAAACAGUGCUCCAGCAUCCUAUAAAUGCAUUCUGACGCUGAGGACAUUUGAAGCAUACAUGUUUGAGAAGGCUUUGGGAUUGAAUGAAGAAGGUUCGGCCAACAGCCAAACCGACGAUGAUAGUUUUGGCUUGGAGCAGAUGCAGACUCUCGUUAAUCGGUACCACCGAGUCGUAUGGUCGUGGCGCCAGAUUCAGCGAAUGACGUCCAUCUUGGACGUGGAGCAGCGUAGUCGCGAAAUGUUGGUAAUGUGGACUGCGUUUUGCCUCGUUCAUCAGCGGUGCGUGGGCGAGUUCCCUCUAUGCGCGCAGUACAAUAUUGCUUUGGAUUGGAAAGAUCUCCAGGUGGCUGUGCUGAAUGAUCGAGCAGCCAUUUCUGCCCUCCAAUGUGUCGCACGGUACAUCCGUAGUUGGAAUGCUACUACGAUGGGGUCGCCACUAUUCCACUUGAGCAAGCAGGCGCCAACGUUUGAAUUUGGCAUGAGAUUUGGCUUGAAUAGCACCAGUAUGCUUACUGCGUACGACCGUGAAGUUGCAGCUUGGGAAGUUUACGAAGCAGAACAGUGGGCGAAAGUCGAAAAGAAGAAGCGUGACGCUGCAAACUAUCGACAACAAAUCGUAUCUUUAAACCAGAGGUGGGCCUCAAAGCAAGCGUCUCUCGCAACGGAAAGGGCGCGGCGUUUCUGUUACAACUCUGAUCGAGAAAGGCGUUCCAUCAACUGCCUGAUUUCGAGUUUGGAGUCUGAGAUCAAUCAGAUUUCUUCCACUAUCAGACAGACCGAAGAUUGGUUGCGCACGACUCUUGUGGUCCCUCCAUACCUGGUGCGUCCACUUCCGCCAUCGAGAAAUGACGCGAUUCAAGUCAUAUUCAUGCUGACCAUGCCGCGCCAUCUCGAAAUCCUGGGUAAUGUAUGCAUGACCGCUCAACGGUCCCUCGCUCCUGCCAAUGCGACAUCUGAUAUGACGCGUUUGCCGCAGCUGAGCCCGACGACAUGGCAACAGUUUUACUAUCAACGUACUCAGAAGCGAGCGAUAACUGCGACCACUAAGGUGUUUACAGCGAGUCCUUGUCCGUACACGCUCCCAAGCACAUGGGGACCAGCCAGCGUCGAUAAUUUGUACAAUCUCUCUCAGUACAAGUCGGUCUGUGUAUGGAAUCCCACCCUGGGCGGUACGAUCAUAUGUUGGAAAGACGCAUUCGGCGUCAAUGUUGAUCCUUUUGCUGCCACUGCGUCGAGCGUUAUUGACAGCUUCGUUGAGAAAAUGCCGCAAUCGUUCAACCACUUACAGUGGAUGAAUGCUUGGCCUGACACAGGCGGUAUCCGAGGAAAUGUGGUGUAUACCGAGUUCAACCGCCAACCCAACGAUUUUGACAAGAUGUCAUUCAUCGCCCUUGGGUCGUUGCGGGCGUUCCCGAACCAGCAGUAUCGAAAACUGCAGUGGGCUUUGCUUGAUGACGUUUUGCCGUGGUCAAACCGCUCUGUGGGAGUCAUUGUGCGGCAAUCACUGUAUCAAGUGGGGGCACUCACUGACGAACUGCUUCCCCAGCUGCUCUGGAAGUCCGAUAUGUUAGAUGAGAAGAACGGCCUGUCAACAUUUUGCGCGACACUGAUGAAUAUUGCUAGCAAGUUGAAGCAGACUCCUCGAAAGUUUGAGUCCGUUCCUCUUCUAAGUGAGCUAGCUGGAUUCGCUAUGCAAUAUACGGACGAUGCAAGCGGAAUUGUAACAAUAUUUGCUGGAAUGGCGAGAUGCUGGGCAGAAAACGCGCGUGCUGAAUGCAGGGAAGAAUCUUCGCCCUGCCGUAUUGCUGAAGUUCGCCGAAAGGAGUGUGUGAUGUAUGGUAUUGCAUUGCUAGCCUACAGUCUCGGACCAUGGGACAACAGAGCAGCUGAACAAGUAUGCGAGACGAUCGUGCAGUUUCGCACGUCGUUUCUUUGUGCUAGUAUUGAUCUGGAUUGUACUGACCAGAUGCUUCGUUUCGAGAACAUGAUUGCUGAAGUGAUGUCUCGCCGUAUAGUUGAGGUUGUUGCGUUUGUGAAGACACACAGCACUGACCACGUGCUUACCGGCUUAGUGCGUUUAGUAAGUGCAACGGCCCCCGGACGAUUGAAAUGGAAGGAAUUUCGUGAGCUCCCGCAAGCGGGUGGACAGUUUGGCAGCUGCUUUGAAGCGAUCGACAAGGUGACAAAUGUGCAUUAUUCCGUCAACCUUUUUACGGGUACCGUUCUUACUGAUGGUCACGCUCCUGGCGGUCUUCCGUCUGCUAUUCGUGAGCACAAGAGCUUUCGGUCUUUAUUUGGCCACCGCAAUUUCAAAGUGCUUACUUCGAAUGGAGUGUUUCGAAGUGAACGGAAGUAUUACGAUCGUUUGUACGACUUUGCACUCGAGGGUGAAGAGCUGUUUGUCCAAGAACUGGUGUCAGACACUGCAGGCAGCAUCAUCAUGACACUUCAGUUGUGUUCCGAUGAAUGGGUGAAAGCACUGACCGAUCAGUUUCCAGCUCGGUUGCAGAGCCUGUACUCCCACUGGUAUUGGGUGGAAAAGAACUGUGUUCUCUUCCGUCCAAAAGAAGCCAAGCUGCGAGAUGUGUUAUUCAUUGCCAGGCUUGACGACGGCGGGUCAAUGGAAUGCUAUAAGAUACCGGUCAGCGACACGACGCGGUCGUAUGACGAACUGUUGGUGAAUCUUGAUAUGUGCGACCGUUUUGUGCGCAAGAAGAAAUCGCUCGUUGCCGUGCUCGAUGUGUUGACAAAGUUCGAGGAAGCGCGUUUUCUUCAUCCACUAAAAUCACCUGAGAGAGUCCUAUACAUUGAGCUGCCUCGGUUCAAGCUGGUAUUCCGUUUGAAUAGCUCGACGCAGUUUGAGUCAGUGGAGCACAAAGGCUACAUUCUAGCGACGGGUCAGCAGUUUGACGAUUUUCUACCAAGGUUCCAGCGGUACUUAGUGCUGGUGUUGAAAGACAGAUUUGACACAUCCCGACCAGAAUUUCGCAUGCUCCUUCCUGUAGGUGCUGUGGUGGAAGCAUCGAUCGGCAUGGUUGACAUCGCCAUUGGUCGGAAUGCAAGUGAUGCUAUGGACGUGGCAUGCUACGAUAUCCACCGCCGACUAAAGACGUUUGAAACUGAGACUGUUUGUGCACGACUGGAGUUUGCUGCUAUCUGUGUUCGAGCUGGAACGGAUGUGCCCAGCAAGCGGUUGAGUAUGACCGGAUCAGAGGCAGCGAUACAAGUGUUACGAGCAUGCAGGUCAAGUCGACCGUUUUCGGCUGAUGAAAAAGAGGCACUACGGUCGAUAUACCCAUUGAGUUAUCGUGAGCCAGCGGUGAAGAUCUUGGUGGUCGCGUUGCUCACAGAAGCUGACCGCCUUGCGUUUCUCUUCGGACACACGCAGCGCAUUCCUUCAGCGAUGGGUGGUACCGAUGCGAAAACAGAGUACGCGAACAUGUGUUCAAGCUACGUCCAGCGUAACCCCUUGCGUUCGCAAUUGCGAAGCAAUGAAGAGGAACGUAUCCUUGGACAUGUGCAACGCUCGUCGGCUGUCGAAGAAGCGAUAACGUGUGACUCGUCUUCUGUUGCUGGCGAUUACGUUAGGUCUGUCGAGAAGCGUCUUCAACUGUUUCUGUGGAAGGACAGUGACAACGUGAAAGGAACUCCGGUGUUUCCACUGAAUUGCAAUUCCACCAACGCCAUGGGUCGAGCAAUGCUUGAAGAAUUGCAAUCAAGCUGGGACAGUUACCACUCGAGAUGUGAGCCACGACUGAAGACUGAACCAGCUGCAUUACUUGGCACAUUUCAGACGCUGCUGAGAGAAGUAUCAUCUCGCCGUGUUGAAGUGGAAAAGUAUGUGUGGGAUUGCGUCGCCAAAGCUACAAGCGGCGUGUAUGAUCGCCUUUUGAGCCUCGCGAACUUUUUGCCGCUACUUACUGUCGGUGAUAUCGUUCGUUGUGGUUUUGACAGAGCUUCUCUGCACACACUGGCGCCGAAGUUAAGUGAAGCAUCGAGAGAGCUGGUAAGGAAGGGUAUCUACACUUACAUGGAAUUAUGCGUGCUGGAAGACAAGGUCGAGAGACUCAUCUGGCAAGCGAGGCACAGUGGGGAGGUAUCGAAUACCAUCUUGAUUGAUGAGCUAAUGAACACGCGUCAGUGGCAAUCGGCGCAAUAUCCAUACUGGUUGUCGUUUGAGGUGGAAGGUAGACUUCAGAUCCGACAUGAACAAUUUGUGAUUGCUCGCCACCUCAUCGAUGGGCCAGGGACAGUUUGCCAGCUGAACAUGGGACGCGGUAAGACCCGAGUGAUCCUGCCAAUGCUGUUUCUGUUUUACGCUCAAAACCGCUCUUCGCGAGUCGUCCGUGCCAAUUUCCUAAGUCCGUUGCUAAGCGAAGCUCGGCAGUUCAUGCAUCGGUAUUUGUCGGCGACUAGUGCCAGUCUAGGCGUGUUCGAACAGCCGUUCCACCGUACGAUUGAUCUGGAUCCUCGUAGACUCGAGUUCAUCCGCGACAGUCUUGUGGAGUUAAAACGUUUGGGUGGUAUCCAAAUGGUAGCCCCGGAACAUCGCAUGUCACUCGAGCUCAAGCGCCUGGCAUUGGGCAAUGAUGAUUCCACGGUAGAGAUGCUGGACGAGAUUCUUGCUCGAGACCAGUUUGUGGACGUGCUCGACGAAUGUGAUGCAAUACUCCACCAUAAGUAUCAUUUGGUGUACGCAGUCGGUAUUCCCAAUCCUCUUGGUAAUGGGGUGGAACGCUGGAUGGCUACAGAAGCUGUUUUGCGAGUUGUAGCGAAUCAAGCAGCCAACUCUCGUGUCCGCAAGGUGCUAAAAGCCGCACAUGUCUCUUGCUCCGCCCCGGACUACGUCACCCGGUUAGGUUCAUACGACGGAACUCGGCUCAACGCCCUCGUGAAUAGCACGAAGUUGCUACGCGAUGAACUCAGGGAGGCAGUAGUGCUGGAUCUUAUCGAUGAGGCUCCUUUCGAACUGAUGUGGCUUAGUGCUUUAAGUGGCAAUGCUGCUCGUCCACCGCUUGUCACUGCAAUUACUGAUCCGAGUGUAAGUGUACAGGAAGCUCUUGGGGAAGGUCUGGCAGAAAUCACGCCUUACGUAGCUCAAUUGUUGGCAAUGCGAGGACUGCUAGCAUUUGGCGUGCUCGAACACUGCCUGGAGAAACGCUAUCGAGUUGAUUUUGGGCUUCCACAUCCUGGUACGCGACAGAAGAAGAUUGCCAUUCCGUUUCGGGCUGCGGAUGUCCCGUCAGAGCGGUCGGAGUUCAGCCAUCCUGACGUUUGUAUCGUGCUCACACUGCUCGGAUAUUACCACGCUGGUUUGACGAAGGAGGAGGUCCGAUGUACUUUUCAGAAGCUGUUGCGCUUGGACAUCUCGGAGCAGGAACAUCAGUACGAUCGAUGGUUUGUCAGUGUCAAGCCGGGCUUGAAUAGCAAUGACCGAGAGGCUCUGCACGACGUGCGGCAUGUCAGUCUUGCCGACAGUCGACAGUUCGAGACGUUGUGUCGAGUUUACCAGUACUGCAUGGAGGCGAUAAACUUCUACCUGAACACCUGCGUGUUUCCCAAUGAUACGCAGCAGUAUCCGCAGCGAUUGUCCCGAACAGCGUGGAAUCUUGCUGCAGGAGGCAAUACGAUCGGAUUCUCAGGCACGAACGACAAUCACCGUUUGCUUCCGCUGUCCGUGGCACAACACGAGCCGAAUGAGCCGUCACUACGAGGCACAAACGGGAAAAUGAUUGACAAGAUCAUGCAAGUGACGCACAGCUAUGAGGUGAUUGUUCCGAGUCCGAAUCGCGGACCAAUCCCAUGGCAGAGUGUGCUUUUGUUCGCCAUGGACAAGAAGGCACAAUGUCUGAUCGACACUGGUGCGCUUCUAGCGGGUGUGGAAAACAGUGAGGCAGCAAAAUUUCUCUUGGACCAACUUGACUUUGCCUUUGCUGGCGUGACGUACUUUGACAGCCGAAAAGAGCACAACUGCUGGAUGAUUGUCGAGAAGGUUCGUAGGAUAACGUUGCCCCUAAAGAAGUCUUCGAUGCUGGAGAAGGAGACGUUUGUCAUUUUCGACGAAGCACGCUCGCGAGGGUCAGACAUGAAGCUACUACCAGAUGCAUCCGCUGUGAUAACACUUGGACCGAAGCUCACCAAGGACAAGUUGAUGCAGGGUGCGGGACGAAUGAGGCAGCUCGGAUGCGACCAAACGCUUUGGAUCGCAAGUUUCGACGAAGUGGCGCAGACAGUCCUACAAACAAGUGGUCAACGAUUGCUUUCACGCGUAUCGACAGUUGACGUGCUGAAUUGGGUGAUGGACAACACGAAAGCGGAGUCAGUGCGUGGAUUGCUCGACUGGGCAGGUAGUGGUAUCCAUUUCCGAACGACUCAGAUAAACCAAGACAAAGAGCUGGUAGAUGACGACUGGUCUCUCGAGACGAUGUACCAAGAAAAGCUGCGUUUGGACGAGAUUGCACAGAUCAUUGAGUCAAAGGCGCACUUUGAUUCCGACAUCUCUACGGAUACUGUGGUUGAGCAAAUUUGUUGCAGAGGAUUCGUGUACGGGCUUGAUGACGAAGUAUGUGUCACUUCACACACUGACGAGUGCGAGCGGGAGCUUCAGGUCGAGGAAGAGCUAAUCGAGGAGCGAGAAGUCGAGGUGGUGAAGUGUGCUCCGGCCAAGGAGAAGGCGUGGCAGUAUAAGAAGAUAUUGUGUGCCAGGUCGGUCGAAGAUCUGAACGGAGAUGUGCAAGUGGUGGAGAUGACGAGUUUCAUACGUCAGCGGAUCGCUCCAAAGGAGAUGGCAAGUCUGGCCUGGUCGAGUUCGCAAAUCUACGGGACUGAGAAUUUCUUUACGACGAUCAGAAAGAGCAACACGCGGACGAGUACGACGAGUAGAAGGAGGAUCACGCAGACGGGUGGGGACCACGUCAACACGUUUCUGCGGAUGAUUGAUGUUGUACUCGUGUUCCGAAACGGACAGGUUCUUUUGCUGUCUGAAUGUGAAGCUGAUCACAUUCUUGGGCUGCUCUGGCUUACCCGUGGUACAAGAACGAAGCGCAGUUUUCACUUCAUGAAUCUCGCUUUCGCUCGUGAAAGCCUUGCUCGAGGCGAGACGCGCACCACCAAGUUCAGUAAUAUUUACCUGGCACUUGGGUUCCAAGUAGGUCAAGAAUUGCCGCUAUUGUCGACGAUGGCAUGUCACUUGGGAUACCAAGUAGGUCAGGAACUGCCGCUUUUGUCGACGAUGGCGUGUCACUUGUACAACGGCGAAACGAUGAUAGCAAAAGAACAGCAAGCCAAAGCGGAGCAAGCAUUCCGUGACCUGCUUCGUCCACUUGUACAGCGCGAAGUUACGCUGAGCAACUUUGUGAAGUCGCGAGGUAACAGCCACAAGUGGGUGCAUUCGUUUUUGCACGAGCUUUGCCGCCGCAUGGAUCUGGAGUGCUGCACGUACAAACGCGCUAUGUGUGAUGAUCCCAGUGAGAGUAAGCGACAGAAGAGUUAA